UAAUGAUAGACUACAAAAUAGUUACAAUGGCUUUCUUUACAAAGUACUGGAUGUUGGACAUUUUAAUCAUAGUGUUUGGACUGACAGUGGCCGCGUAUUUGUACAUGACGCGAAAGUUCAAGUACUGGAAAAAACUGGGUGUAGUUGAAAUUCCUCCUACUGCAUUUGUCGGGAAUUACGGCGAGUGUUUGAUGAGCAAGAAGAAUCCUGGAGAAUGGUUGAAAGAAAUUUACGACGAAGGUUCUGGGUUGCCUUACAUAGGAUUUUAUGUUUUUGAUAGGCCCUUCUUCUUGGUACGUAACCCCAAGCUUGUCAAGCAAGUACUCGUCAAAGAUUUCAACUGUUUCAAUGAUAGAUUCCUCACUGCAAGUCCUCACGAUUCGAUUGGUGAUGCCAAUUUAUUUUCUAUAAAAAAUCCUAGGUGGAAACUUUUGAGGUCUAAGCUCACGCCGAUUUACACGUCGGGCAGGUUGAAGAAGAUGUUCGAAUUGAUGACUGUCGUUGGCGACGAAUUAGAGGCUUUUAUGGAGUCGCUAAAUUUUGAAGAAAAAGGAAAAACUUUGGAACUAAAAGAUUUGUGUGCAAGAUUUACAACUGACUUAAUUUCAACAACAGCAUUUGGAAUAAAAACCAAUUGUCUGAAGUACCCCGACGCUGAAUUCCGGAAAAAAGGUCGUAGGAUGUUCGAAACUACAAUGAUCCGCAACUUUGAAAUUUCUACCCUCUUUUUCGCUCCGCAAUUCGCAACACCUUGCAGAAUAAAAUUUGUGCCGGAAGAAAACACCAAAUUCUUCCGAAAGACGGUCUGGGAUGUGAUCGCUGAAAGAGAGCGUUCGGGUGAGACAAGAGGGGACUUCAUUGAUCUUCUGAUGGAGUUGCGAAAAAACAAGGCCAAGGUUUUCGAAGAUAAACUCGAUUUUGACGGUGAUAUGUUGGUGGCCCAAACAAUAGUAUUCUUCAACGCCGGUUUUGAACCAACUUCUUCAAGCCUCAGCUUCACUUUGUACGAACUUGCUCUGCAACCGGAAAUUCAGGACAGGGUGCGCGCUGAAAUUGUUGAAGGGCUGGAAGGAACCGAUGGAAAAGUUACCUAUAACUUGAUCACCAGCUUACCUUAUCUGGAUAUGGUUAUCGCGGAAACAUUGAGGAUGUAUCCUACGUUGCCUUUCUUGGAUCGAGUUCCGAAUCAAAACUACCAGGUUCCCGAUUCUGAUCUUGUUCUAGAAAAAGGAACUCCAGUGUUAAUUUCUGUCAGGGGGUUACACUUUGACCCUCAAUAUUUUCCAAAUCCAGAAAAAUACAAUCCUGAAAGGUUUUCAGAGACGAAUAAGAAAAUGAUACCACCGUGUACUUAUUUGCCUUUUGGAGACGGACCACACAAUUGCAUAGGCAUGCGAAUUGGAUUACUCCAAGUAAAGCUUGGUCUUAUAAAAUUACUGUCCAAAUACGAAUUUACACCUUGUGAAGAAACUUUGAUACCCAUGCGACUGAGUCCUAAAGCUCUGUUCAUAGUCUCUGAAGGCGGCGUUUACUUAAAUGUUAAAAAAAUUUCAUAAUUUAUUUAUAAUUAUAAUUAAUAAAAAU